CAAAAGAUUGCGCACCCGAUACGUCCUAUUUAUGCUGAUAUUUAACUCUGGUCGCUGCAAAAACCGAUUCAAACUGCCUUUGGUGUGGACCACGAAAAUGCCCCAUAAUCAUGAAUCGUGGGCGAUAUCUUGUGUUCUGUUAUUUUCUCUGCAUGGAGCGACUGCCCUGACAACCACUGAAAUCAACGCCUUCACAGUCACGGGGAGUUAUGACGCCACCGUUAGUGUGGACGCCACCACUUACGCCUCUCAAAACAGAAUCAAAAUAACGGCUAGUGGGAUGCCAGACCAUGCCUGGCAAAUGGUGAACCCCAACACCCCUAUCGUACAGAACCACGAAAUCAACGUACUGAACACGCCUGAAGACCAGUCGUCCUAUGGGUGCCUGCCCAUGUGGAAGAUAGGGCUCGCGAAAACUGGGGUGGCGCUGUUCAACCCACUGACCGCAGAGAAUUACAACGCUGUAGAAGGCAGCAAUGCUGAGACCUUUGACAGCUGUGACGGUCAUGCCACCAAUAGAGGAGAAUACCACUACCACAAAAUCCCCCAUAACUGUCUAUACAGCAAAGGGGUGGACGAGUUUUUAGGUGUAGCACUAGAUGGAUACCCUAUCUACGGCCCUCUAGCCUCCUGGCAUAAUGGCGGCGGCAGUAACCUGACGACCUCUGACCUUGACAAAUGUCACGGGUCAAACAGUAGCGGGAGUUACCGUUACUACAUGACCUACGACUGGCCUUAUAUCCUGAGCUGUUUCAAAGGGAAGGUUAUAGAUCGGCGAUCUUCUUCUAGUGUGUCAUACACCUGUAGUUCAUCGAGUUCAUCGUCAUUUGACAGUUCCUGGGGAUUCCUCUGUAGCUGUACAAACUCCAACAACGGUGGUGCUGAUCGGAGGGUUAAAACGGAAGUCGUUCUUCUAUCAGUCUUAGUCGCCAUGGUCUAUAAUAAAUCGAAAUAGAAAUGAUUGCUGAAUAAUUCGUUUAUAUAUACAGCAAUAUAUGUAACACGAUAGAGAAGGUAUUUUAUUUCAGUAACAAAAAAAAAAAAAAAAAUUCAAUUUGUGUUAUCUGUGUACGAAGCUGGUUGUUGAAAUUUAUACAAGAAACUACAAAAUUUAUGUACAUAGUGUGCAUGUAUUUGAUUGUGAUAAUCACUUUUGGUAAUUAACAUAUCUUUCUUUAUAUAUCGUACAUGCAGGUAUAUGUAUAUCAGUGAAGCCACGUUUAUGUUUAAAAACUCAUAAAUUCCCGGUCCGGUAUAUGGACAUGCUUUAUAUAUAUUGCAAGUUCAUUUAAGCUUGAACAUAAGUAUAUACAAUGUAUAAUAUAUAGAUCGUUUAAUUUUUAUAAUUAAUGUUGUCAUUAAGCUGGAAUUAAUUUCACAUUAUGCAUUCUUUUUUUGUCAUUAUCAAUGCAUGUAAAAUUCACCGGAAUUAUAUAAUUAAUCUUCAUAAUGACAUUAUUAUUCCAUGUUUCUGUAAUAUGAUUUUUGCUUUUUACCGUGUAAUAUAGUUUGUUUAUCGCGUUGUUGACCACAAUUGAUUAUAAUAGAUAAAUUGAUGCAACAUUAGUUAGUUUUUUAUUUCACUACAUGUUCUACACAGUUCUGGUAACAAUCCUAUCAUUAGAUUUUUUUAAAUCCCCGGUGGAUCCAAGAAUCUUCAUGUAGUAAAACGAUAAUAAUAUGGAUAUUCCGUAUACGUUUCAUAUCCUUGACAAGAAGGUUACAUGCAUAUAGAACCAUUUUAACAAGACCUUGGACUUUCGGUAGGACGUAGCUAUCUAUUUCUUGCGUCAAAGCAAGUUAAAAAUGACGCGGUUUCAAGCGAAAUAUGCACCGAUUGCGUAGUCUUAGCUCAAAAGCCAAACAAAUCUUGUUGAUUUCAGAGAGCCUAGGCUGCGUGGCUGACAAUGAAAUAGACAGACCUGCGUCACAUUGCUGUUUAACACAACUACACUGUACUCAAAAUCCAAGCUCUUGUUAAAAUGGUUCUACAAUGAAUAAAAAGUGACGAUACACAACAAUCUUACCAAAAAAUUUUCAAAAUGAAUAUAAGCAUUGAAUGAUACAAAUAUGCUAGUUAAAUUGUAUAGGACUGAGCAACUUGUCUAUAAAAUCUACUUCUGUCCUGAUAAUUGAGUAACUGACACACCGCUUGUGAGUUUACUUGAUCAGGUACAAUAGCUGUUAAUCAUAGUUUCAUGUUAAAUACUGAAAUCUGAUUGGUUUAGAAGCAGUUGAUAAUCCGUUCUAUUACCCUCAGCGUUAGCAACACACUUAGCAACGGGUAACACAACGAAUUGUUACAUGCGCGUAAAUUAUGCGCGUACGGUUCGCCGUUGAAUUCACGUCACUUCUAUGUAAAAGCAGUAGAAAAAUCUAUAAAAUUAAGACAUUCAGUAUAAUAAAAUAAAUAGUGCCUGUUUGGAAGGAUAACAGUUGAAAUUGACUCCCCUCGAAAACCAUUGUUAACCUCCGCUUCGAGUCGGUUGACAAUGGUUUUCUUGGGGUGUCAAUUUCAACUGUUACCCUCCCAAACAGGCACUAUUUAUAUAUUGUUAUACUUUCAUGUUAAAUACUGAAAUCUGAUUGGUUAAGACACAGUUAAUAAUAUUUACUAUUACCCUCAGCGUUAGCAACGCACUUGGCAACGGGUAACAUUAAAAAAUGUUACAUGUGCGAAAAUUAUGCGCGUACGGUUCGCUGUAGAAUUCACGUUAUUCCUUUGUAAAAGCAGUAAAAUUUUCUUAAAAAUUUUUAAAAAGACAUUCAGUAUAACAAA